CUCUGAAAUCAAAGACCUCAUUCAGUAGAAAUUCCCCUGUGCUUCUUCUGGGAAAAUGUUACCAUUUUAAGGCUGAAGAUGAGGACAGUCUCAGAGACGCCUGCUAUGAAGCCUCCGAUGACGACUUCGUCAUGGGGAACGUUGAAGCUUUCCGAAAGGAUUUUGCGUCGCGAGUGUGGCUCACCUACAGGGAGGAGUUCCCUCCUCUGCCCGGCUCCGCCCUGACCUCCGACUGUGGCUGGGGUUGCAUGCUGAGGGCGGGACAGAUGAUGCUGGCUCAGGCACUUAUUCUGCACUUCUUGGGCAGAGACUGGACCUGGUCGGAGGCGCUGACGCUCCAGCCCUUAGACGCAGAGACAUGGACCUCCACUGCAGCCAAACGUCUGGUUGCCUCUUUGGAGGCUUCUCUACAAGGUUCCCAAGGGCCCUCUGAUCCAGGGUUAAAACACAUGCGUCAGGCCCAGGGAUCUGCAGAGGAGGCAGAUGCACAUCUGAAAGCGAUGUACCACCGCACACUGGUGUCCUGGUUUGGGGACAGCCCCUCGGCUCAGCUGGGCCUCCACAGGCUGGUCCGCUCGGGCCUGACGAUGGGGAAACAGGCAGGGGACUGGUAUGGACCUGCUGUGGUGGCACACAUACUCAAGAAAGCUGUCGAGGAGGCGAUGGACCCUGGCUUGGCAGGUAUAACUGCCUAUGUCUCCCAGGACUGCACAGUGUACAGUGCGGAUGUCGUUGAUAGCCACGGGGCACCAGCAGCAGCAGCGGGGCAGCCCUCCGCCGAGCCAUCAGACGACCCUCCUCCACUCCAGAAUGACCAACCAGCGUCUACCUCCACGCUGCCAGACAGCCGAGCGGUCAUCAUCCUCAUCCCCGUGAGGCUGGGAGGGGAGAAGACCAACCCUGAGUAUUUUGACUUUGCAAAGAGCAUACUGAGCCUGGAGUACUGUAUAGGCAUCAUCGGAGGGAAGCCCAAACAGGCCUGCUACUUUGUAGGAUUUCAAGAUGACAGCUUGAUUUACAUGGACCCUCAUUACUGUCAGUCUUUUGUGGAUGUCAGCACCAGCGAUUUCCCUCUGCAGUCGUAUCACUGCCCCUCACCAAAGAAGAUGCCUUUCAGCAAGAUGGACCCAAGCUGCACCAUUGGUUUCUACUCGAGAAGCGUCCAGGACUAUGAGAGGAUCAGCCAAGAGCUGUCUAAGGUGCUGCAGCCGUCAGCGAAGGAGAAAUACCCGGCGUUCACUUUCGUGCAAGGUCACGGCAGAGAUUACGACCUGUCUGCGGGACUGACCCCAGAGAAGAGAGAGUGGCCCUUCAUCCGUGACCCGAGGAGGACGGUCACCACCGCUGGGGACUUUGUGCUGCUCUGACAGCACUGUUUUAAAAGACUAUACCGACAGGGAAGUUCCUCUUAAGGUGCAAACUGCCACGUCUGUUGUGACACUGAUGGUUUUUUUUAAACUUCGGUCAUUUGUUCUCCCAAUUCGUCCUGGAAACUUUGUUGCUGGGCAAUUUUAGACAAAACUGCUGUUUAACCGGUUGCCCAGUGAUAUGAGUGCACUGAGUAAUUUGUCUGGAACACAGUGUUGAAUUUAAUCUCCUAACAUUUUAAUAUACUCAUCCAGGAAAUAACAGCUUAUAAGGGAACACUGUUCUUUUAGCACCGUUAUUCGUAUUACUAUGGACUCAACUUAUGUUGAAAGCGACUUUGUCACCAGGUUUUUAGGAGAUUUUGUGACGGAUGUUGAAGAUUCCAUUGUAAUAAUCACCAGGUCCAGUUCAGCACUCCCACGUUAACACGCUUUGUAAAUUCAGGUGUCAUGAAGCAGUGUUGUCUAACUUUUAAAGGUCUGUAAAGUACUUCACCUGUAGUACUUAGACAGAGAUUCUCCAGUGUAGUUGUCAGCAGUGGCCUGAAGUUGAAGAAAAGCCAUAAUGAAUAAAUCUCUGAAGACAAACAGAGAUAAUUAACUUAACAACUUUAAAACAUGAUAAAUCUUUCACCCACCUGAAAAAACCUCAACCACAAAAGCACAUGUUUUUUAAGUGCACUCCAUAUGUGUCGUUUCUUUUAUUCACACUCGACCUCAUUCUGUCUCUUAGCAAUAAUCUGAUUGUGUUCCUGUCUCGCUGGUGUUAAUUGUGACUGAGUCGUACUGCUGCCGUGAAAGUGACCAGAGGUGGAAAAAGAGGUGGAGGUGAUGAUGUGUUGUGCUGCACCUCACUAAGCACUGCCUGUUAUCAAUUAACCUUUACAACAGGAUGGGUUAGUUGUAAUUGUAUGUACUGUAUAUAGAAAAAUUCAUUCAUAUUCUGAAAUCAGUUUCAGGGAAUUGCAGUACAGAAAUAUGAUAUAAUUUUUCCAGUCAUGUAUUAUUAUUUGUAUUUUGUGUAUAACUGAAAUACUUUGGUCGAUUAUUUCAAAGCAUUUUGUCGAACAUGUCAUUUUAUGUUUCUCCUUUUUUUUUU